AUGGACCUCGCCGCCGACAGCCCUCCUCCUCCUCCAUACUCCUCCGUCCCUCCCACGCGGCCCAACAUCCCCAACGCCGCACCGACGCAAAGCCGACCGGUCGAACACUACUGGCACAAAGACGGAAUAUACGGUCUCCACGCCAGAGCUCUCCUCCGCGCCUCCCAAUUCAUCCUCGCCGUCACCGUGUCGGCUCUCUACGGCGUGGACCUCCGCCACGCGACAAGCGUCAACGCCCACGCGCAGGCAGAAUGGAUCUACGCCGAGUUUGUGGCGGGCGUCUCCGCCAUCACAUGUCUGGCUCACUUCUUCGUGACGGUCACCCGGGUCGGCUGGUGCGCGUGGGACGGGGUGCUUUUCAUCCUGUGGGUUGCGCAGGUCGGGGUGUUCGGGACGAUAUAUUACCCUGCAGUCACCUCGGGAUAUGGGGACGCGACGCUGUCGGUGCCGCGGAUGCGUUCUGCGGUUUGGGUCUGUCUGGUGAAUAUGGCCUUGUGGCUUUUGACGGCGGUUCUGGGUGUGGGCUGGUGUGUGCGGACUAGACGAUUGGUUCGUCGGACUGAUGGGGCGGGUAGGUUUAGGCGGAUUCUGGUGUGCUCUUGGGAGAGGAAUGGCUCACUCGAACGGGGACAUGAUGUGGCUGGUAGUAUGAUCAUGCGAGAAGAAGGAUCCAUGGAUGUCAAGAGCAAAGAGAAGGUGGAAGACAAGGACGGCGGGGACUAA